ACUGAGGGAGCUUUACGAACGGCUGGAUAUCAAUAAUGAUGGCACAGUUGAUAUAAGAGAUUUAACAGCAGCACUGAAGCAUGAAAUGCCACAUAUUCCGACGCGAUUGGCCCCAAAACUCUUGGCACGCAUCUCCCCUGGAAAAGACGGUAACAUCAAUUUCGCUGAUUUUGUCAAGUACGUUGUGGAACACGAGAAAAGGUUGGAGGUCAUAUUCCAGGAUCUCGAUAAAAACAAUGAUGGUAUCAUUGAUGCUCGAGAAAUCAAAACGUUUUGUAAUGAUCUUGGAAUCCCGCUGGACGAUAGGAAAGCUCAAGGCAUCUUACAAAAGAUGUCCGAACUGUCAGACUCAGACUCUUCAUCUGUAGAUCUAUCCGAUUUUCAAAACUUCAUGCUGCUUUAUCCGAGCUCCGAUGUUAAAGACAUGGUGGACUUCUGGCGCCAUAAUCUAGUGAUUGAUAUCGGAGAGGACAGUCAAGUUCCAGAAGAUUUUACUCCCCAAGAAAUGAUCUCUGGUGUUUGGUGGCGACAUUUGGUAGCUGGAGGUGUUGCUGGAUGUAUGUCGAGAACAUGUACUGCUCCUCUAGACAGGCUCAAAGUGUUCAUGCAGGUUCAUUCUACGCGAACAAACCGGUUAGGGGUGAUGUCAUCGUUGCGGUUACUACAUGCUGAAGGUGGCGUGAAGUCGUUUUGGAGAGGGAAUGGUAUAAACGUGAUUAAGAUUGCUCCGGAAUCCGCAAUCAAAUUCAUGGCUUAUGAUCAGUGCAAGAGAUUGAUUCAAAGGUUCAAAGGGAAUGACGAAUUGAGCAUUAUAGAGAGGUUUCUCGCGGGCUCUUCUGCUGGUGCUAUAUCACAAACUGUCAUAUAUCCCAUGGAAGUGUUGAAGACCCGGCUGGCAUUAAGAAAAACUGGUCAACUGGAUAACGGCCUUUUCCACUUUGCUCAAAAAAUGUACAAAAAGGAAGGAGCUCUUUGUUUCUAUAAGGGAUAUGUUCCUAAUUUGUUGGGUAUAAUACCAUAUGCGGGUAUCGAUCUGGCCAUUUAUGAGACGCUCAAAAAAUUGUACGUCCGGCGUCACAACGGUGGUGCCGAACCCGGUGUAUUAGCUUUGUUGGCGUGUGGAACUUGUAGCUCAACUUGUGGACAGCUUGCUAGCUAUCCUUUAGCUCUCGUGAGAACGCGACUGCAGGCCAGAGCAAUCUCUGGAGAUCCGCUCCAGCCUGAUACUAUGACUGGUCAGAUUCGUUACAUC